AUGAAUGGACGAUUCAUAUUGCGUUCCGUGUAUUGUAUGUUUACACAGAAACAAUAUGUAGGACGCUCUUUUUCACCAGGUUAUAGAGUAUGUGUUAGUUUAAUCAGUAAAGAUUUACGAAAUUUUUCUACUAAAACAAUUCCUGAUAUUGUCGAAAAAAAACAUUGUAAUGUUGGAACAAUAGGACAUGUCGACCAUGGAAAAACUUCAUUGACUGCAGCAAUAACAAAGGUUUUGUCAAAAGAAGGCACCGCAAAGUAUAUUUCUUACGAUGAAAUUGAUAAGGCCCCAGAGGAAAGAGCAAGGGGUAUUACUAUUAAUGCAGCACAUGUGGGUUAUAGUACUAAAAAACGUCACUAUGCUCACACUGAUUGCCCUGGACAUGCAGAUUACAUUAGGAACAUGAUAUCAGGAACUUCACAAAUGGAUGCAGCCAUAUUAGUUGUGGCUGCCAAUGAUGGUCCGAUGCCACAGACACGCGAACAUUUAUUACUUGCUAAACAAGUCGGUGUUCAAUAUAUUAUAGUGUUCAUUAACAAAGUUGAUUUGGUAGACGAUGAGGUAUUAGAGCUAGUAGAAUUGGAGAUGAGAGAUAUGAUAACUGACUUUGGUUAUGAUGGAAGUAAUGUACCUGUUGUCAAAGGGUCAGCCCUGAAAGCACUAAAUGAUGACAUGUCUGAAAUUGGAGUACCCUCUAUUCACAAACUUCUUGAUACCAUAGAUAACUAUGUGCCAACCAUAGUGAGAGAUCUAAAGUCGCCAUUCCUAAUGCCCAUAGACAAGGCUUUUACAGUCCCUGGUAGAGGGACUGUAGUAGUUGGUACAAUUAAAAGGGGUAUCAUGAGGAAAAAUGAUCAAGCGCAUUUGAUGGGAUUUGGAAUGAGUGUAAAAACAUCUCUCUCUGAUAUUCAGAUUUUUAAAAACUCUGUUACAGAGGCGUUAGCAGGUGACAAUGUGGGUGUAUUAUUACGUGGUUUAAAACUCCGUGCCGUCGAGACUGGGAUGUUGUUAUGUGCCCUGGAUAGUGCUUCUAUGAGUAAUCAUUUCAAAGCGAAAAUUUAUUUCCUCUCCCGAAGUGAAGGCGGAAGGAAGAAACCGGUCUUUUCCAAAUAUUCGCAGCAAAUGUUUAGUGGCACUUGGAACAUUGCUUGUCGGAUUGAUUUAGAGCCAACAAUGCAAAUGCUUAUGCCUGGUGACCAUGCAGAGGUGUAUCUUACCCUUCUAGAAGGCAUGGUCAUGGUUACUGGGCAACCAUUCACGGUCAGAGAGAACAAUGUGACUGUCGCCACAGGGAUUAUUACACAGACAUUAAAUAGCGUUGACGUACCAAGUGGCAAGCUGGGCAAAGUUCAACUCGCGCUUAGUGAAGAAAAGUGA